GCGGGUACCAGAAGCAGCGGACAGUUCCAGGACAGCAGCGGAAUCAGCAGCCGCCCUUCCCCAUGCCUCCUCCGUGGUCUCCCGCUCUGGUGCCCCAGCUUUUCUUCCUUCUUCUCUCCGCUCUUCUUCUGGUCUCUUCAGAUCUCCCCGGGGAUCCGUGCGGGGGAGAAGCGUGCGACACGCAGUUUCUUACAGACCCCUGCGCAGAGAAGCCGUGCACCCACGGGAACUGCAGUGUCAGCGGGAAUAGUUACUUGUGUAUCUGUAGUGAUGGCUUCACUGGAGUGAAAUGUGAGACGCCACCCUUUGAACCCACGGACACCUCUGUUACUGAUGUGCCAGAGUUUCAACAGGCCACGUUAGAGCCUACAACAGAGAUGCCCCAAUCUCUAGCUGUUAUGGCACUGCCAACAUGGAGGCCAAAGGUGGGGCAGAAGGUAACAACCCUUCUGUGGGACGAAGUACAGGUCAUUCCAGAUGUUGCUUGUGGAAAUGCGAGUUCUAACACUUCCUCAGGGGGACGACUGGUGACUUUUGAAGUUCCAGAGAACACAUCUGUAAAAAUCUCUCAGGAUGCCACUGCCUCCCUCAUUCUUCUAUGGAAAGUGACAGCCGGAGGCUUCAACCAGUGUUCCCUUAUAGAUGGCAGAAGUGUUACCCUUCUUCAGGCGCCGGGUGGACUUGUGUUCCCCGAUGAAAUGCUAACACUCGGAAACAAUUAUUUCAUUGGCUUUGUGAAUGAUUCCGUCAGUAAGUGCAUUGUGGCUUUACGGCUUGUCGUGGUGGUUAAAGUCACUGACUGCAUACCCAAGGGGAGCAGCCCAGAGGCCCGGCAUUGCUUCGGCAAGGGAAAAUGUGUUACCAGGAAGGAAGAGGACACAUAUUUCUGCCAUUGUGAUGCUGGAUACGUUGGUUCCUACUGUGAAGAAUAUGAUGCCUGCCAUAGUAAGCCAUGCCUUAAUAAUGGCACUUGCAGUGACCUCCCACAGAAGCAUGAUGGCAAAAAUGCAACCUGCACCUGCUUGCCUGGUUACACAGGGGGAUAUUGUGAAGCCCUAGUGAACCACUGCUUUCCUCAGCCAUGUAGAAAUGGAGCCACCUGUGUGACAAGCCUCGGUGGGUUCAGCUGCCAGUGUCCUGAGGGCUUUGUGGGCUCCUUUUGUGAGGAAAAGAUAGAUCCAUGCUCCACAUCUCCUUGCCUGAACAAUGGUAGUUGUUACUCAUCUGGCCUGUCGUUCUCCUGCCACUGCAGUCGAGGAUACAUGGGUCCCACAUGCGCUCAACUUGCAGAUUUUUGUGCCCUUAGUCCUUGUGCUCAUGGGAUCUGCCGCAGCAUUGGGACUAGUUACAAAUGUUUAUGCAUUCCAGGUUACCAUGGAUUGUAUUGUGAGGAGGAAUACAACGAGUGCUUGUCAGCACCAUGUCAGAACGGGGCCUCUUGUAAGGAUUUAGUUAAUGACUACAAGUGCGUUUGCCCGUCAGAGUUUGAAGGUCGUCACUGUGAGCUGUAUAAAGACCAGUGUGUGAAUGUCAGCUGCCAGAAUGGAGGAACUUGUGACAGUGAAGGGUUGAAUACUACCUGUGUUUGUGCAUCUGGAUUUAUGGGGGCGGAGUGUGAGGUGGAUAUAAAUGAGUGUGCCAGUAACCCAUGCCACCACGCUGGUACCUGUGUAGACCAACCCAAUGGCUACAUCUGUCACUGUCCUCAUGGCUGGGUUGGAGCCAGCUGUGAGAUCCACCUACAGUGGAAAGCUGGCCAUAUGGCUGAGAGUCUGACAAACAUGCCUCGCCACUCCCUGUACAUCAUCAUAGGGGCCCUGUGUGUGGCCUUCGUUCUAAUGUUGAUCAUACUUAUUGUGGGCAUCUGUAGAAUCAGCCGCAUCGAGUACCAAGGAUCAGCUCGACCUGCCUACGAGGAGUUCUACAACUGCAGGAGCAUUGACAGUGAAUUCAGUAGUGCCAUUGCAUCAAUUCGGCAUGCGCGGUUUGGGAAAAAGUCACGCCCUGCCAUGUACGAAGCAACUCCAGUUACAUAUGAAGAUUACAGCCCCGAUGACAAACCUCUUGUGACGCUGAUUAAAACCAAGGAUUUGUAGUCUGCACCCUGCUCUUGCUAUGUAGAUUACAGGAGAGGGGACCAAUCAUCUUUUAAAAGGAUGAAUUACUAAACUGACUAAUUAUUUUUAAGAAAAAGGAAAAUGAAUCUGAGACGUGAUUCUCUGUUGCGGGAUUCAUUCAUUCCAUGCAUUCUUUGGGGUGUAGGUCAGCACAGCUGUGAACUAACCCGUUUUCUGCAAGAGGGGCUUUCUGCCUUCACUAGCAACGAACGGAUUAAGCAUAGAUUGGAAGUUAAAAAAAUAAAAAAAAAAUUAUUCGCAAAACCGACUUGUGUUAGCAAUGUUACAGUCUGAACAGUAUGCAGGCAUUACCCGUAGAGUUAGGAGACGUGUAUGAUACAUAAUUUAUCCGUUGAUAGGCGUAUAGAGAGUCUACAAUGUUUGUGUUGUGAAUCAGAGUAAUUAAAACCCAGUUGUCAAACUUUCUAAUCAGAACUGACUAGACCUGUUCUCGGUUUUUUAUGUUUUUAUUUUAUUUUAUUAUUAUUAUGUGUUUUUUCUGCAUGGUUCGCUAGCAAUAAUCCUGCCUUGUUUUUUUAGAACUGCUCUUGAGUCAAUGUCCAUUCAACUGUUGUGUUGGUAAAACCAGCUCUUGUACAGAUGGUAAGAAGCAGAUUAGAACUACAGUAGAUGGAGCUCUUAUUUUUCUCAGACACAGCCAGGUUUUUCUAUAUUGUGAGUACGGCUUCUUAUUCUAGACAUUGCUAAAUUUAUUUCAGGAGAAUCUGCUUCUUAGCUCGUGGAUUGCAUUGUGCUGUAAUUCAUAUGUGACCAGCAUUUACUUUA